ACCACGAAAUCUUCCAUUCCAUCAACAUGCAUGCAAUGCAAUGCAACAACCAAAAAAAACUUAUUAUUUCCAAAAAACCUAACAUUAAUUAGGGUUUGUUCAUCCAGAUUUCACCCUACAAUUGCCCACACUCGUUCCACAAGUAACAAAACAGAUUCAUAUUCUCCAUAUAUCAUCACAAAAAACCCUCUAGAUUUGUUGUGGAUUUCUGAUAUAUUGAUAAUUCAUUCGCUGAAAUUUAACCUGCAUCUCGUUGUUAAAUGUUGAUGAUGUGGUGUUAUCCUGAACGAUGAAAAUGCAGAUAAAUCGAAUGUUUACGCACAUGUUUAUGUAUUUCGAUUGAUGAGGAAGAAUGUCUACGAGGAAUGAAACGACGGAAGCUUCUCUCUUUGACCUCUUAAAGUUAGAUGAUGAUGAAGAAAACGGCAGCGAUGAGUUAGAUGAAGAGACACCGGCCGUCGGUGCAAAACUGAGGCUGGCAGAUUUUUUAUCUGAAUCUGGUAAUGAGUUAUGUGCAGAUUGUGGAUCUCCAAAUCCAAAAUGGGUAUCGGUAAAUCUGGGAUCAUUUGUAUGCAUCAAGUGUUCCGGAGUGCAUAGAAGCCUUGGAGUGCAUAUAUCAAAGAUAUUAUCAGUGAAUCUGGAUGAGUGGACUGAGGAAGAUGUUGAUAAUGUGAUAAAAAUUGGAGGAAAUAUUGAAGUAAAUAUGAAAUAUGAACACAGCAUUCCAAACAGCUGUAGAAAACCACAACCAAAUUCUUCCAUAGACGAGCGUACCGAUUUUAUCAGGAGAAAAUAUGAAAUGCAACAAUUUUUAAACACAGAGGAACAAUUAUCUUGUCCCUUCAAUCCAGCAGCCUUCCACUGCAGUUCAACAGGCUUAAAUUCUAUGGUGGAUAAGAAAUAUUUAAAUAGUAUGCGUAUACAUAAUAUUGGUCAAGCAUUUAUCAACAGCCGAAAAAGAAAAGAUGUUGAACUAAAGCCUUCAAAGAAAAGUAGCUCAACGGCAGGUAUGGUGGAAUUUGUUGGGUUGAUAAAAGUCAAAGUGGUCAGAGGUAUUAACCUUGUUAUUAGAGAUGUGAGGAGUAGUGAUCCUUAUGUUAUGCUCUCACUGGGAAACCAAUCGGUGAAGACUCGAGUUAUAAAGAGCAACCUCAAUCCUGUCUGGAAUGAGAAGUUAAUGUUAUCGAUUCCUGAAGAUGUCCCGCCUUUAAAAGUGAACGUUUUCGACAAGGAUAAGUUCACAGAGGAUGAUCCUAUGGGUGAGGCUGAGAUUGAUAUCAAACUCUUGGUUUCCGCUGCUAGAGCUUUUGAGAAUGGUAAUGCCAACGAGUUAUCAAAACAACUUGAAAAGAUGACAGACGGAAAAGACAAAUAUAGCCUCGGUAUGAUCAAAGUUGCGGAAGGGAAGACAAAGCAAGACAUUACUCUACAACUGCAAAAUGUUGAAAGCGGUGAAAUACAAAUAGAGAUUGAAUGUGUGCCUCUAACCCAGUAGUAAGUUGAUAGAUAUGACUGAAAAUUUAACUUUAUGGAUUGCUAUAAUCGCGAGUUGUCGAAUUAUAAAGUUAACUUUGCUAUAGCUUUUGCUACCUAAGAAAGGCUUGUUUUCCUGCAGGGAUUUUAUUAUAUGAAUUUGCUACUAAAGGGUGAUUAGGGCGAUCAAUGCUCUUAUGUAUGCAAUUUUCAUGUGUAAUUGCCUCUUUGAAUCUUUAUAUAAUUUUCAUUGCAUAAGAAA